GACGGGUUUGUGCGUGAAUUCUCCAUUUUCGACGGUUUGCUCGGCGCCGCGCAAGUUUCAUCGAAGUUACGCUUCCUCGAGAGGAAGAUUUGCCCCAGCCAGCCAGGAUAAGCGAUCAACCGUGUGGACGACGGCUGGAACUACCCCUCGAUACGCUGCCGGAAAACGCGUUGACUCAGCCCAGACCUCAACGCCCGGAUAUGAUGAAACUCAAGGAAGCUGUAAAAGAGUUUGACAUCCCGGACGCAGUCCACACUGCGCGGACACGGCUUGGGUAUGCUCAACUCAACCACCUGUCACAGGACUCGUCUCCAUGCAGCGACACAAGCUUGGACACGGACGAGCUGAAAGGCUGGGAAGACUUGGUGUCGUCGAAUUCGUCCAAAGGACCAACGCCCCAUCCAUGUGCGAUUAUCUGUGCGAUCAUCAGUAUAUUUGGCUUCUUCUUCCUGCUCUUCUUGGGGUCGACUGUCGCGUCCAACUCGAUUUACAUUCGCGUCAAACCGAAGGAAGGCCACGCCAAGUCAUCCCUUGCAGCCAACAUCUUCCUCGCUGCAUUCCUGUAUCUCGUCGCAUUCGUCGGGAGCACCGUGUCGUUGCUGCGAGCUCGACGUGCCCAGAAAGUAUAUCAACUGUCUUUAGAUAUCCACGCCGAUAAGUAAUUCGAAUGUAAACACUAUGCCA